GUCCCCACCUGAGACUGGCAGUUGGCGGAGGAGGGGCGCAGUGCUGUCAGCGAUGUCACUUAACUUGGAUACUGAAGAUGACUUCUAUCUGGAAGAAAAUAGAUUCAAGCAGUGUUGUGCAGAGUUCAUUAAACAUUCACAGCAAAUAGGAGAUGGUUGGGAGUGGAAAAGUAUAAAGGACUUUCCUGAUGGCUAUAUGAGUAAAACACACUUCCAAAUGAAAAAUGGAAAUGCCCCAUCACACAAUGGCCUUACUGAGACCCAUGGGCAAUUGUGUUUCCCUAUGAAAGAGGCUUUUGAUGCCCCCCUGGAUGAUUCUGAAGUAGCCGGAAUCUGUGCAACAUCAGAAGUGAUUCGUUAUGAGUAUCAUGUCUUGUAUUCCAGCAGCUACGAAGUACCUGUGCUUUACUUUAGGGCAUGCUUUUUAGAUGGAAGACCUUUAACUCUAGAUGAAAUUUGGGAAGGCGUUCAUGAAUGCUACCGGGCUCGUCUACUGGAGGGGCCCUGGGACACCAUUACACAACAGGAACACCCAUUACUUGGUCAACCAUUCUUUGUCCUUCAUCCCUGCCGGACUAAUGAAUUCAUGGCUCCUGUAUUGGCUAAUUCACAAAGAGAAAACAGGAAUAUAAACUACAUUACAUCAUGGCUGAGUAUUGUAGGCCCAGUUAUAGGGCUAAAUCUACCUCUGAGUUAUGCAAAACUAGUGUCUGAACAGAAUACAAAAACGGAUUAAAUCAAAAGGGCCCCAAGUUGAAGCAGAGGUAUUUGUGAAUUGUAAAG